CCUGACUGGUUCCUUCUAUUUUCUCCUCCCCCGGAAACACAGACCCUCUAGACUCGGGUACUGAGGCUUGCCUGCGGCGGGCGGACUGGCCGGGAGGGAUGGGCGUGAGCGCGGAGCCGCGGAGCCUGGCUGUCGCCGGGGCCGGGCUCGCGUCCCCCGUGAUCGAGAAGGCGCGCUCCGCGCUGUUGCCGCCGCAGGACGUAGAGGACACGGUGGAGACGCUCAUGUUACAUCCGGUGAUCAAGGCUUUCCUCUGCGGCUCCAUCAGUGGGACCUGCUCCACCCUCCUCUUCCAGCCCCUGGAUCUCCUCAAAACCCGCCUGCAGACCCUACAGCCCGCAGACCUACGUUCCAAGCGUGUCGGGAUGUUGGCGGUGUUCUGGAAGGUGGUUCGCACGGAAAGUCCUUUGGGCCUUUGGAAAGGGAUGUCUCCUUCCAUCGUGAGGUGUGUCCCUGGCGUCGGAAUCUACUUUGGCACUCUGUACUCUUUGAAGCAGUACUUCUUUCGAGGCCAUCCUCCAACCGCCCUGGAGUUGGUCAUCCUGGGCAUGGGCUCACGCUCCGUCGCAGGAGUCUGCAUGUCACCCAUCACGGUGAUCAAGACGCGCUACGAGAGUGGGACUUACAGCUACGAGAGCAUCUACGCAGCCCUGAGGAGCAUCUAUUGCAGCGAAGGCCACCGAGGCCUCUUCAGGGGCCUGACAGCAACUCUGCUCCGCGAUGCGCCCUUUUCAGGCCUCUACCUGAUGUUUUACAGCCAGACCCAGACCACAGUGCUCCGUGGCGCAGACCAGUUGGAUGCUGCUCUGAUGCCCCUGGUUAAUUUCAGCUGUGGGAUAUUUGCUGGCAUUCUGGCUUCGCUGGUGACUCAACCUGCAGACGUGAUCAAAACUCAUAUGCAGCUCUCCCCAGUGAAGUCUCAGUGGAUUGGCCGAACGGCCACCCUCAUCUUCAAGAACCAUGGGCUGCGUGGCUUCUUUCAAGGCGGUGUUCCCCGGGCCCUCCGUAGAACUCUGAUGGCUGCCAUGGCAUGGACUGUCUAUGAGGAAAUGAUGGCCAGGAUGGGCCUCAAGUCCUGACAGGAGAGGGCCGGGGAAGGAGAAUCUGCUGUCUUGCCUGGUUCCUGCCGUGGGCCGCUGCAGCUUGCUCUCCUGGAGUCAGGUGAAGCACUGUCUGAAGAACCAGGCAUAAAUGCUGUUGCCUUUAGUCCCCCAUUCAAAGACUGGAGGAGCGCUGGAGCCCCCAGAGCCUCAGAAGUGGAGUCGCCAAUGCCCGCAGCUCCAGACACUCCCAGCCAGUACCCACAGGGAGCUGGGAUCGAGCCUGGUUGCCCCACAAGGCUACUUGAGAGGCAUUUCUAGAGAGACCUCUACCAGAAUGCUCUGUUUCAGCCACCUACCUACAUCAUAGGGCACCUUAGAUAUGCUGGUGAGCGCGGAGUCCCACAGCAGAGAAGCGCCUCCUGGCGUGUCUGAGGGCAGGAGUCUCAAGUUAGGGAAGACUGGACCUAACAGGAGCUGUCGUGAAUCGGUGAGAUGGCUCCGAGAGUUACGGCGCUCGCCUGCAUUGGAUCCCUGCACCCAUGGAGGAGGAGAACCAACUCCUGCAAGUUGUCCUCUGACUUCCUCACGUGCACUGUGCAAGCACCCAUACCCCAUAAGGAAAUAAAUGUAAUUUUUUUAAAUAAAGA